AUGUUCUUUUCUCCCCACCCUCCGAAAGACAAUCGAUCAGCACAACAUUCACCCAUCUCAUUGUCAAUGGAUUAUUAUUCUCAAACCAAUUCCAUUUCACCUCCAGCAGCACCUGCAGCACUCCCACCACCCCCACACCCACGAGAAGACGAAGAAGAAGAAGAAGAAGAGGGGGAGGUGGACGACGAUGUAUCCCACCAGUCGAAUAUUUACAAUCAGAAUAAUCACGACGAUAAUACUACUACUUCUACUAUUACUACUACCAAUAAUAGUAAUCAUAAUAAUAAUAAUACUAAUGGUAAUCUUUUAAUUAAGAAUAAAAAAAUUCGUAAACCACGUACUAUUUAUUCAAUAUGGCAAUUACAAAUGUUAAAUCGACGUUUUGUUCAUUCACAAUAUUUAAAUUUAACUGAACGUGCAAGUUUAGCUGCACAACUUGGUUUAACACAAACACAAGUAAGUGUAUAG